UAGCCCGCAAAGGCUCGCUAGGGCGCUGCUAGUGCGCGCACGUGCGUUCUGAGCUGGAGUUCCCUCCUCCCGGCGCCGCCGCUUCGCUCCCUGCCGCCGCCUCCACCGCCGCAGGUAGUAAUGGCCACCGGCGCCGCCAUCCACUCAGUCCCCUGCUCCGCCGGCCGCCCGAAACGGAGCAGCCAGCGCCGCGGCUCCGCCUUCCUCUCCGUCCGCGCUUCGUCCGACGCAAACACGGUGACGCUUCUGGACUACGGCGCGGGCAACGUGCGCAGCGUGCGCAACGCCAUCCGCCACCUCGGCUUCGGCAUCCGCGACGUGCGUAGCCCGGAGGACAUCCUCGCCGCCGACCGACUCGUCUUCCCCGGGGUCGGCGCCUUUGGCUCUGCCAUGGAUGUCCUCAACAGCACCGGCAUGGCAGCCGCGCUCCGGGAGUACAUCCGCAAGGACCGCCCCUUCCUCGGCAUCUGCCUCGGCCUCCAGCUGCUCUUCGAUUCCAGUGAGGAGAACGGACCGGUAAGCGGCCUUGGUGUGAUACCAGGCGUGGUCGGGCGAUUCGAUUCCUCCAAGGGCCUCAUAGUGCCUCACAUUGGCUGGAACGCUCUCGAGAUCACCAAGGACACGCAGCUGCUGCAGGGAGCUGAUGGUCACCAUGUGUACUUUGUUCACUCCUACCAUGCACUGCCUUCAGAUGCUAAUAGAGACUGGAUUUCUUCGAUAUGCAACUAUGGCGGCAGCUUCAUAUCAUCCAUCUCAAUGGGCAACAUUCAUGCAGUUCAAUUUCACCCAGAAAAGAGCGGAGCUACUGGUCUUUCUAUAUUAAAAAAUUUUCUAAGUCCUAACUCUUCAAGGGCAAAGAUCCCAGCACGGAGGAGAGCAUCAAAGCUUGCAAAGAGAGUGAUAGCAUGCCUUGAUGUUCGGUCAAAUGAUGAAGGAGAUCUUGUGGUAACAAAAGGUGAUCAAUAUGAUGUAAGAGAUGAUACUAGCGGCAAAGAGGUAAGAAACCUUGGCAAGCCCGUUGAUUUAGCAAGUCAGUACUACAUAGAUGAUGCUGAUGAGGUUAGCUUCUUGAAUAUAACUGGUUUUCGCGACUUCCCAUUGGGUGAUUUGCCAAUGCUAGAGGUACUGCGUUGUGCCUCUGAAAAGGUUUUUGUGCCACUUACAGUUGGUGGAGGCAUACGAGAUUUCAGAGAUGCAAAUGGAAGAUACUAUUCAAGCUUGGAAGUAGCAUCAGAAUAUUUCAGGUCUGGUGCCGACAAAAUUUCAAUUGGAAGUGAUGCUGUUUAUGCUGCUGAAGCCUUUUUACAAACUGGUGUAAAGACGGGGAAAAGCAGCUUGGAGCAAAUUUCUAGAAUAUAUGGCAGCCAGGCUGUAGUUGUAAGUAUUGAUCCUCGACGGGUAUAUGUCAAUAGUCCACAAGAUGUGCCAUUUAAAACUGUAAUGGUGUCCAGUAAAGGUCCAUCAGGAGAAGAAUACGCAUGGUACCAGUGUACAGUAAAUGGUGGACGUGAUAGCCGACGUAUAGGAGCAUAUGAACUAGCAAAAGCUGUGGAAGAAUUGGGUGCAGGAGAAAUACUACUUAACUGCAUUGAUUGUGAUGGCCAGGGCUGUGGAUUUGACAUAGAUUUGGUCAAAAUGGUGUCUGAUGCUGUGACAAUCCCUGUCAUUGCAAGCAGUGGUGCUGGUGCUGUCGAACAUUUUUCUGAAGUAUUUGAGAAAACAAAUGCUUCUGCUGCCCUUGCUGCUGGUAUUUUCCAUCGGAAAGAGGUCCCCAUACUAGCAGUGAAAGAGCACCUGGUAGAUGCUGGUGUGGAGGUCAGAGUGUAGAAUGGAAAUCCUUCCAUUGUUGAAUGAUUCUUGCCUGAUGUUGCAACUGCAAUCUGUUCUGUUUCGGGGGCAUGUUGGCAGUGCAUAGGCCCUGGAUGGGAACUGCAAUUUCGUAACAAUUACUUUGCUGGUGCGGCCUGGGCGCCUGGCCGCGUCCGACUGGCAAGAGGGCUGUGCAUGAAGCAUGUGGCCCGGCUUUCCGAAGUUGCAGAGUCGUCGUCGGCGACUGCGGAGGCAGCCUUGGCGCAUAUUCGUCUGUUGGUCAUACGGAUCGGAUUUUAGAUCGUACACUUUUUCUUAGGCUUGUUACGUUUGUCUUUAAAUUGUUAUCCAAAUUAAUGGUUGCUGUUAGUUACAUAAUGCAUAGCUGGGCGUAGUCAAUCAAACAAUUAUGGAUAAGAUUCCGGAUAUCUUGUGGGAUCGAUCUUGAUUGUCGAGUAGUCAUUCAUCGGAUGGUUUACAA